GACUGGCAGAGCUGUGUAUGUCUGCCUUAGAGUUUUGGGACUCACCACACUGGAUACAUCUGAGCUACCCGACUGAGAACGUUGAAUUUUGAGCUUUCAUUUAUUGCUCAUACAUCAGUUCAAGUAAGAGAAAAGAUGGAAGCUGGCAAAAAUGACAUGGGAAAGAAAACAGAAGACAAAGCUCAAAAUCUAAACAUAAGUAUGACUCAGGAUACUGAUGCAGGGGUUUCCCAAUCAUCCCCCACAGUCACUGCCCAAGGCCAGUCUGCUGCUGCUGCUGCUGCUGCAGAGAAUCUCAACUCUCAGGUCCAACCCACCUCUGACACAGAUAAGGAAAACGCUGUUAAGCCAAAUCUCCAGAUCACGUUUAACACAUUCACUGUAAAGAAUGGUGCAGAUCUCAAAGUAGAGAUCCCAGUGUCUGGGCAUCCAGCUCCUAAGAUUGAAUGGAAAAAAGACGGUCAGGCAGUUAAAGAAACAUCAAGGCUGGAGCUCUCAACUACAGCAUCAUUAACAGUCCUUCAUAUCCGGCAUGCUGCCAGGGAGCACUCUGGUCAAUACUCUGUCACAGCAAGCAACAGUGCUGGAAAAUAUACAGGAGAAAUCACUGUGGUGGUUCUAGAAAAGCCAGAUUCACCUACAGGUCCUGUGAGGAUUGAUGAGAUCAGUUCUGACUAUGUUACCAUCUCUUGGGAGCCACCUGAAUACACAGGAGGAUGUCAGCUAGACAACUAUGUGGUGGAGAAACGGGAAACUACCAGUACAGAGUGGCAGACCGUGUCAGCAACAACAGUAAGAACCACAAUCAAAGUUACCAAACUGAAGACAGGAAGCGAAUACCAAUUCAGAGUGUUUGCAGAAAAUAGGCAUGGAAAAAGUGCUGCAAUCACCUCCCCUAUUGUGAUUGCUCAGUAUCCAUUUAGUGCGCCCGAUGCUCCUGGCAGCCCUUUUGUGUCAACAGUGACAAAGUACAGCAUGGUGGUGGAAUGGGAGCCUCCAGGCAAAGACGGAGGCAGUCCAAUCAUCGGCUAUCACCUUGAACGUAAAGAGAAGAACAGCAUUUUAUGGACCAAGCUAAACAAGUUUGUUAUAACUGACACUCGCUUCAAAACAAGUGGGCUGGCGGAAGGCAUUGAGUAUGAAUUCAGAGCCUUUGCUGAAAACAUCGCUGGACUCAGCCCAUCUAGCAGGAUAUCUGAAUGCUAUGUAGCAAGAGACCCGUGUGAUUCACCUGGUAAACCUGAAGCUGUUGUCAUUACCAGAGAGAACAUCACACUUCAGUGGGCAAAACCAAAGUAUGACGGUGGAAGCACCAUUACAGGGUAUGUUAUUGAAAAGAAGGAGCUCCCAGAUGGCAGAUGGAUGAAGGCAAACUUCACCAACGUUAUUGAAAAUUUGUUCACUGUCACAGGUCUGACGGGAGGUGUAAGCUAUGAGUUUAAAGUUACUGCUAAGAAUGCUGCUGGUGUUUGGAGCCCACCUUCAGAAAGUGUAAUCAUCACUGCUCAGGAUGUUAUUGAAGGUCCCACCGCAUCCAUUGAUCCGAAGUUCAAGAGUACCACUGUGGUUCAGGCUGGAGAGACAUUUAUUAUUGAUGCUGAUUACUUUGGGAAGCCUCUUCCUGAAGUAAUGUGGCUGAAAGACGGAAAAGAAAUUGACAAAGCCACACCAAGAAUGGAGAUCAAAAACACCCUCACUCAUACAACUCUGACUGUCAGGGACUGUACACGAGUGGACGGGGGACAUUUUGUCUUGAGCCUUAGUAACAUAGGUGGAACAACAUCUAUUCCAGUUAAUGUGAAGGUCCUGGAUCGACCUGGUCCACCUGAUGGACCUCUGAAGGUGAAAGUUGUCUCUGCAGAGAAGUGUAAUCUUCACUGGAACCCACCCUUAAAUGAUGGAGGUGCCAGUGUUUCUCACUACAUCGUUGAAAAAAGGGAGACCAGCCGUGUCACAUGGACAGGGGUGGAAGCUCAUGUAGAAGCUGUCAGUUACAAAGUGACCAAACUGGUACACGGGAAAGAAUACAUAUUCAGAAUUGCUGCUGUGAAUAAAUUUGGCGUUGGGGAAUUUCUGGAAUCAGAGCCAUUCAUUGCACAAAAUCCUUUUACAACACCUAGUGCUCCUUCUACCCCUACUGCCAGCGCUGUGACCGGGGAUUCUGUGGUGCUCACAUGGGAAAGGCCUGAGACAGAUGGAGGCUCAGAGAUUGAUGGAUUCAUCUUGGAAAAGCGUGACAAAGAGGGUGUCAGGUGGACUAAAUGCAACAAGAGAAGAGUAAAUGACCUGCGUUUCAGAUGCACAGGGCUCGCAGAGGGACAUUACUAUCAGUUUAGAGUACUUGCAGAAAAUGCUGCUGGUGUUGGUGCACCCAGUGAGCCAAGCGAGUAUAUAAAAAUCUGUGAAGCUACUUACCCGCCUGGUCCACCCACAAACCCCAAAGUGACUGACUUUUCCAGCAGUACUGUCUCUCUGACCUGGUCAAAGCCUAUCUAUGAUGGCGGAGCAGCCAUCAGUGGGUUUGUAGUUGAGAUGAAAGAAGCAGCAGAUGAUGAAUGGACUGCAUGCACACCAAGCACAGGUGUAGAGGACACAAACUACACUGUGCAAAGACUGAAAGAAAAUGCAAAGUACAAUUUUCGUAUUCGUGCAAUGAAUGCUGCUGGAGUUGGAGAGCAUGUGGAUCUGCCUGGGCCUGUGGUUCCAGCUGAAAAAUUAGAGGCACCAGAGAUUGAACUGGACACUGCCUUGAGGAAGAUUGUGAAUGUUCGCACGUGUUCCACAUUACGUCUGUUUGUUACAAUCAGAGGAAGACCAGAACCUGAGGUUAAAUGGUCAAUGGAAGGCGGCACUCUCAGUGAGCGUGCUCAAAUUGAGGUGGCAAGCUCCUACACUGUGCUGCUGAUUGAGAACGUAAAUAGAAAUAACACUGGAAAGUAUGUGUUGACAGCGGAAAACUGCAGUGGCGUUAAAUCAGCCUUUAUCAACGUCAGAAUAUUAGACUCUCCUAGUGCGCCUACAAACUUAGAGGUAAAGGAUGUAAAGAGAGAUUCUGUGUCCAUCUCGUGGGAGCCACCCAUCAUUGAUGGAGGAGCAAAGAUUUCGCACUACAUUGUAGAAAAGCGAGAGGAGGCCAGGAAGGCAUUCACAAGCGUCUGUAGCAACUGUGUGAGGAAUUCAUAUAAGAUUGACAACCUGCAGGAAGGAUGCUUCUAUUAUUUCCGUGUCCUGGCAGUGAACGAGUUUGGCACUGGACUGCCAGCAGAGACCGCUGACGCUGUUAAAGUGUCUGAGGUGCCUCUGCCUCCUGGCAAAGUCACACUCAGUGAUGUCACUUCCAAUAGCGCAAGACUGUCUUGGGAGAAGCCUGAUCAUGAUGGAGGAAGCAAAAUUACAUGUUACAUUGUAGAAAUGCAAGCUAAGGGGGAGGACACAUGGACAAAAUGUUCAGAGAGCAAAGCAUUAGAAGUGACCAUCAACGGGCUGACCAAAGGAAAGGAGUAUUUCUUUAGAGUGAGUGCUAUGAAUGAAAAAGGACAGAGUGAACCAAAGUCCCUGCUGGUACCUGUUACAGUAAAAGAUACGAGUGCUGGGCCUGUUAUUAAUUUGCUGUCCAACUCAUUUAGUGUGAAGGCGGGAAAUGAUUUAAAGAUUGAUGUUCCAUACAAGGGUGCACCACCCCCAACAGUAGCCUGGAAGAGGGAGGGAAACCUGCUGAAAGAGACAAGCAGGGUGAAUGUGCACACAUCUGACACAGCAUCUCAGAUCAUUAUCAAAGAUGCAACUAAGUUGGACGUUGGCGUGUAUGAAGUGACCCUGACCAACUCUGUUGGAACCACAUCUGCUGAAAUCCUUGUGAAUGUUUUUGAAAGACCUGGACCACCAAGUGACCUCAGUGUGGAUGAAGUGAGUGUUGAUUUUGUGUCUCUGUCAUGGCAGCCCCCGCAUUACACUGGUGGAUGUCAAAUCAGUAAUUAUGUUGUUGAGAAAAGAGACACAGGCAGCACAAUAUGGCAGACUGUGUCAGCCACAGUGGCAAGAACAUCAAUCAAAAUUUCCCGUCUGACACAAGGCACUGAAUACCAGUUUCGUAUUGCUGCAGAGAAUCGCUAUGGAAAGAGUCACUUUAUUGAGUCAGACCCUGUUGUUGCCCAGUAUCCCUUCAAGCCACCUGGUUCACCAACUAACCUCCAUGUUGUGCAGGCCUCAAAGUCUGUAAUGGUCAUUGCAUGGAGCAAACCAGACAGUGAUGGUGGCAGCCCCAUUACUGGUUACCAUAUUGAAUGCAAAGAUCAAAGCAGUAUUCUGUGGACAAAGUUAAACAGAGGCCCAGUGACUGAGAACCAGUACAAGGUAACAAGUGUUGAAGAGGGUCUGAUAUAUGAGUUUCGGGUCUGUGCUGAAAAUAUAGCAGGUGUUGGACCGUGCAGUAAGGCCUCUGAGCCUGUAGCUGCAAGAGACCAGUGUGAUCCCCCGUCCAACCUCGCAGUCACUAAUAUAACAAACACUUCAGUUUCACUCUCAUGGGACAAACCAGAAUAUGACGGUGGGGCUAAAAUAACGGGGUACAUUGUUGAGCGCAAAGAAUUGCCAGAUACUCACUGGCUUAAGUGCAACUUCACAAACUUACUGGACACCUUUUUGGAAGUGACUGGACUGACGGAGGGUGAACAGUAUGAUUUUCGUGUUAUUGCAAAGAACGCCGUUGAGCUCUUCAGUGCACCUUCUGAAACCACCGGACCUGUAACAGUACAGCAUGACGUGGAGCCACCUAAAAUUACCAUGGAGGACAAAUACAGACAAACAGUGGUUGUCAAAGCCGGAGAGCUCCUAAGAAUAGAUGGAAACAUCUCUGGCCGCCCGAACCCAACAGUGUUCUGGUUGAAGAAUGGCAGAAAUAUUGGCACCAAGGGAAGGGUUGAGAUAACUGCAACUAAGAUGCAUACCUCUCUUCUAAUCAGAGAGAGCGUGAGGAAAGACUCUGGACAGUACACACUGACUCUGCAGAACACAGGUGGCACCACAUCUAAGACUGUAACCUGCAAAGUGCUGGACAGACCAGGCCCACCUGCUGGACCUCUGGAAGUGUCUGGACUGUCAGCAGAAAAAUGCACCCUGUCAUGGGGACCCCCUCAUGAGACUGGCGGUGCCGAGGUCAUGUACUACAUUGUCGAGAAGUGUGAAACCAGCCGUGUUGCUUGGACCCUCGUGUAUGGUGACAUGAUGGCAACUACUUGCAAAAUAACCAAGCUGCUCAAAGGAAAUGAAUACCUGUUUAGGGUGAGGGCAGUGAACAAAUACGGGGAGGGUGAGACUUUGGAAAGUGAUCCAGUCAGGGCCACAGAUCCCUUCACUAUCCCAUCUGCUCCAAUGGAUGUUGAGGUCACAAGUGCAACCAAUGAAGCUAUGACAAUCUGCUGGAAGAGGCCUGUUACUGAUGGUGGGAGCCGAAUCAGCGGUUACAUUAUAGAGAAAAGGGAUAAGCAGGGCGUCCGCUGGGUCAGGGUCAAUAAGAAACCAGUCUACGACCUGCGAGCCAAAGCCUCUGGGCUGCAUGAAGGAUGUGAGUAUGAAUUCAGAGUGUUUGCUGAGAAUGCCGCUGGGCUAAGUGAACCCAGUCUUCCAUGCCCACUCACCCUGGCAGAGGAUCCAAAGUUUCUACCUUCCCCUCCAGCAAAGCCCUCCAUAGUUGAUUCAACCAGGUCCUCCAUUACUCUGUCAUGGAACAAGCCGCUGUUCGAUGGUGGAGCAGCAGUCACAGGAUACAAAGUUGAAUUCAGAAAAUCAACGGAAGAAGACUGGAGUGUUGGUGUUAAUAACACGGAUAAGACGGAGUUUACAGUAACUGGACUGACAGCGGAGACAGAAUAUGUUUUUGUUGUCAGAUCCAUAAAUAAGAUUGGCACCAGUGAGCCCAGUCCUGAGACAGAUCCUGAAGUAGCCAUAGAGAGAGAGGAGGAGCCCAGGUUUGACAUUAAUCCUGAGAUGAGGAAGACGCUGCUUGUUAAAGAUGGCAGCUCCUUCACUUUAACUGUGCCUUUCACAGGCAAACCUCUCCCCAGUGUGUCAUGGGAGAAGGCAGACGUGGAUCUGAGAGUCAGAGGAUUGAUCAACACCACCAGCUCUGUCACCUCUAUCACAGUGGAACGAGCAACCCGUGAUGAUUCUGGCAAAUACACAGUGAAACUGCAAAAUGUGGCUGGAUCUGCCUCUUUGACCCUGAAUGUGAGGGUUUUGGAUUCACCAGGUCCACCAACUCACAUAAUAGUUAAAGACGUGACCAAGAACUCUGCCACUGUUACCUGGGACAUCCCAGAGAACGAGGGAGGAGCCCCAGUGAAGAACUACCUUGUAGACAUACGGGACAUUAGCAGAGUGGGUUGGACAAGACUCACGGACAAAUGUCGGCGAUUGUCCUACAAGGUGUCUGACCUGGAGGAAGGAGGAAUCUAUUUCUUCAGAAUCACCGCUGAAAACGAGUACGGCAUUGGGGUUCCAGCUGAGACUAAAGAAGGAACGAAAAUGAUAGAUACGACAGAUUGGGAAACAAACGCAGGAGCUUAGCUUGUCUCCUUCCCAAAGAGAGUCAUCUCCAGAUCAUCGAUCAUCUCCAAAAUCUACAUGGAUUUCUGAUCUACAAUACAUUGGGUUUUGUUUUAGGUAGAUAGUUAUAAAUAUUUGUGCUUUUAGGUCACUGAAAAAAUAUUUUAUCAGUAAGUCAAUGCACUAUUAUUUAAUACAUUACCAAUAGCUGCUGUUUUGCAGGGAUAUUAUCAUGUUGUUUUUAUUUUUUACUUUUAAAAUGUUUAUUAACUAGUGAACAUAAUGAAUGGCAGAUGUUAUAUAUAGAAGACAAAUACAUUGAUGUUGCUGUUUGCAGUAAAAGUACAAUAAAAUGAAGAUGAUAUGAAAAGUUU